AAUAGAAAAUCGUUUUCAUGUCUCUGGGGUUUGAUGCGGGGAAAGUAACGGCGAACCAGCCCGGAGAAAAGAUAUAGGAAGCGCCACAUAUCAGCCACUUCGACAUACUGCAUUCAUCUCGGGUCUAAACAAAGAGGCCUCAGGCAGGAAUGUCCAUACCACCGACCUAUUCAUUCAGCAUCUUCUUACAAUGCGUCCUAAUUCUGUUCGGCUCGUCGUCACUCAGCUCCUUUUUCAGGUAGCGACCGGACUCAAGAACCCGAUCCUUGCAGGAUGGAGCCCAGAUCCCUCGAUUCUACGGGUUGGCAGCAACUAUUUUCUCGCAACCUCUUCUUUCGAAUAUUGGCCAAGUACGCCAAUCUACACCUCCACGGAUCUCGGUAAUUGGACGUUGUACGCUCAUGCAUUCACGAGGCCCAGCCAAGUGCAAAUGUACGGCGUCCCGACAGGAGCUGGUACUUGGGCGCCGACCUUGUCUCAUAUCAACGGACUGUACUACCUGGCAUCCAUGACCCGGUGGACCUAUGACCCUGUUGCUCGUGUAUGGCCCCGCGUGAUCUGGUCCGUGUCCGAGGAUCUCAAGACGUGGAGUGACCCGAUCUGGUCCGACUGCUGGGGAAUUGAUCCAUCUUUGUUCCAGGACCCAGUCUCCGAGAAGGUCUACCUCAACCUAAUGGCGCCGAAUAACGACGUUGACAGGAUCUGGGGGAUCUACCAGUGCGAGGUCGACCUCAGCACCGGGCGAUGUACGGGGCAGUAUCGCUCCUUAUGGAAUGGGACUAUGACCCACGAUUCCUCUGCAAGGCCCGAGGGCCCAAAAAUGUUCUGGCGUGACGGGUAUUAUUAUCUCUUGAUCGCUGAAGGUGGUACCGAUGAUCUCCAUCGUGCGACAAUCGCACGUUCUUCGUCGCCGGAGGGUCCCUGGGAACCGGAUCCCAACAAUCCAAUCCUGUUCAAAGGUCAGUACGGUUAUGAUAAUUUGACGGUGCAGUCCACCGGCCACGGUACCAUUUUCGAUACGCCGGACGGGUUGUCGUAUAUCACGUACCUGGCACGCCGCAAGAUCAAUGGAUCCUCUCCGUUAAGCAGAGAGACCUUUUUGUCCCCAGUCACUUGGCAGGAUGGGUGGCCAGUCGUCAACGGAGGACAACCUGUGCUCCUGAGUGAGCGAAUUGGGAAUCUUCGCGAUAAUCCUGAUGUGCGACAUCCACCGUUCAGAGAUUCAUUCGAUGAAGGCGUCCUCGACCCUUCUUGGUAUCAGCUUCGGACCCCUUAUACCCAGAACUUUGAGCUCAAGAAAGAAAACCCCGGGGGCCUCGUUCUGCGACCGAAUGUUUUUGAUCUGAGCCACCGCGACACCCCGGCUGCUAUCUUACGCAAGCAGAGGUCCUUGAAUAUGACCUUCAGUGCCCGACUGCUGCCGACAUCCUCUGGCCUCGGGUACGGCGAGAUCGUCGGAGUCAGCGCCUAUCUGAGUGAGCUGCAACACCAGGACAUUGGUGUUUCUGGUUGUGUGAACAGUCCAGGGAUGUGCAUCUAUACCACGCUAAUGAUGAACAGCACAGUUCAGUAUACCCAGGUGCCGCUGAAUUCGUCGACGAUCCCAUCCGACCUGACCCUUUAUAUUCGAGCUGAGCCCUUGUCCUAUCAUCUUGGGUACAGCCAGGGUAUGCAUAGCCCGACAACAUGGUUGGCCGCGCUAUCGUCGUCGUGGUUGGCAUUUGCGCCCGAGGAUUAUUUUGUAUUCGCCGGCGCCAGCUUCGCGCUGUUUGCGACCGGGACCGGCAAGCCCUGGCCGCCCCAUGCCCCAGACGUUGGCUUUGCGGAGGUCCAGGAAACGUAUUUUGAGGAGAAUAUCCCGGACUACGAUGACUGGGAUGUAUGAUCAUUGCGAGAAUGAUUCUGGCCUCUGCU